AUGAAACCAUUGGUAUUAUUACUACUAUGCCUACUAUUUUCUACGGCCAGCACAGCAUUCCGACAACAGUCGAUUGGUGUCUACGGGCGAAUCAUGUGUGAUGGGAGGUAUUACCAAGGCGCCGAGAUUAAAUUGUGGGACAAAAAGUUAUUAGGUCGCGACGUGGAACUGGCGGUAGCGACGACGCAACCCAACGGUUUCUUUAACGUUUCUGGAGGCACCAGCUCGCUCUUAAAAAUGGACGUCCAUUUGAAAAUCUAUCACAACUGCGAGAACAAAUAUGGGCUCUGCCGCCGUAAAGUCGACUUGGAAGUGCCGAGCACCUACGUGACGCGAACUUCACAAGUGGAGCGUUGGUUCGACGCAGGGACGCUGAAUAUGGCCUUCAAGUACCCGGACGAAUCGACAGAAUGCUUUGGA